UUUCUGUUAUUUAAAAGGAAAUAAAUUAUUUGAUUCUAUCAACAGUUAUACAUUCCACGUUUCAACAAUGGAAUUAAAUGAACAAAUUAAGUAUAUGUUGACUCUUUUUUAAGAAAAGAAAAGAAAGACAAAAACCCUCCUCGGGGGGGGCUUUUAAAUGCAACGACCACCAAAGUCUCUCUCUCUCUCCCACAUCGUCACGCUCACUCACGCUCCUAUGGAAGAAAUCUCCUCCUCCUCCUCAUCAGAACCUCCUCCUCUCUUCUCCUGUUUCAUCGCUCUAUGCACUCUUAUUCUCAUCUACUCUCCUCAUGACUCCCUUCGAAUCUUCCUCUCCCCUGUUCUUCUCAUCUCCGGAGCCCUUCUCUUCUCUCUCGAACGCCUCGGAUCCACCCGAGAACCGCUUACCCGACCCGGGAAAAGCAAAGAACGAGAAGUUAAGACCGAAGAAGAAUCUGAUGUUUUGUUUGAUGUUUAUUCCUUGUCCGAAGCCAAACAAGAUUCCGACACAAGACACGAGUUUGUGGAGUGGGAUUUGAGAGCGCCAUUGGAGGUGAUUCACGAAGCCUAUGAAGAAGACGAAGAAGAGGAUCCGACCCGGUUUAGGGAACUCGAGAGGUACCCGUCGUUGUCGCUCUGUUACCCGGAAUCAGAUUCAGGAUCGGAUUCGGAUUCGUCGUCGGAGUUUACUUUUCCGGAGAUGAGUAGCUGGAUGCCGCCGGAGAAAAUGGGAUACAGAUGGGAGGAGGAGGACGAUGGAGCAGCUGGUUUGAUAGAGAUUAAACUCGACGUUGAUGAGUAUAAGAAGAAGAAGACGAGUAAACAGAAUCAAACAGAGAUGGAUUUUCAUGCAGAGGAGGAAGGUUUGAUCGAGAUCGAUCUUUUUCCAUGAUCAUGAGAAUUAUUUUAUAUUUAAUUUUACUUCUAAGUUCUAUAACGACUUCAAUGUUCUAAAAAAAAGUUACAUAACGAUUUUGCGGAUCAGAAAGAAAGAAAAAUCAACAGUAUGGAUUGGCUCAUUUCUAUACGAAUGUCAUGUAUUAUACAAUUUGCAUAUAUGUGAGGAUUAGUUCAAUU